CGACGUUUUGUCUAUCAAAGUAACUACGAAAUGUGUGGUUGGCAAACUUAUAUAAUUUAUUAACUGCACACGUUGCUAAUUAGAGUACAAUUUUAUACAUAUCAAGUUAUAAUGGUUUAUAGAUACUAUCUAUAAUGAUAUUGUAUAAACAGUUGCAUUAGUUGGUGUUUUAAAUUAUGAGAAAAUUACUCAUAUUGACCAGACAGUAACUCUUCAGUCUACGUUUUUUUUGCUCUAGAUAUUAUUCACACAAUAUACCUAUGUAUGUAAAUAAUGUGUACUUACAUUACUUAUUCACACACUUGCUGCAGAUCGUCAACUUUCAUGCUGCUCUUUGUGCUGUAAUUUUUGUGAUUAGAAUUUUUAUCAAUUAGCGGAUGCGCGAACGUGUCAUGUAGCGUAUUUCAAGUACACAAUAACUACAUAUGCAGAACGUUGAGCCCGAAUUUAGGUCUUGAAAUUUACAUACUAUGAUACAAAUUUACAUAUUUCAUUCAUGGUGUGGGGAAGAAGCAGAGCACAGCAUCUUGUCGGUACCUUAUCUAGUCAGAAUAUUAUGUGUGGGCGCUGGCAAAUAUGAAUGAGCUAUACAAAGUAUGUGCAUCAUCAAAGCAUGAUCUUACUAUCUUGAAAAUAUGUUAACAUAUAUACGGGCAAACUUUUAUAUGUGCUCACGUAUACAAAUGUAAGUCAAUUAAAAUGGAUACAGGAAUUUUGUGAUCAUCAGUAUUCUAUUAAGUGACGUUUGCGCAUUCUAUAUGUAGUUAUAUAUGAUGCAUUGAAAACACCUGUGUAUUUGAAAAAAUUUUGGUUAAUAAUUCAAUAAUUAGUUAACUAUUAAUUGAGUGAUUCACAUGGAGCACGCGCAUUUAUAAAGGCAAUCAUUAUUGACACAUUGUAUCAUUGUGUGUAUGUUAAUCGCAUUAGGCGUUACUGCGCAAAUUUAUGUUCAUAUUGUUCUUAUUAAUCCUUCAUAAACAUAUCUCUGUAUGUACAGAAAUCGAUCCGAAAUAAGCCACCAAUAAGUAGGAAUACUAUCGCAAUUUUCAAAGAUCCAAGCUGGUGUAUAUUUUCAGAUGUUGGCAAAAAAGAGGCUACAUUUAAUAUAUGAUAAAAAUACUCAACCAAUCGAAAGUAAUUUUAUUAGGAAUAUGAAGUUUAGAGUAAGGCCUAGACCAAUUUCCUUUAUAUUAAACCACAUUAUGUUCAUAAAAUCCACCUAAUUUCAUUACAUUAUCUCACAUUUGAAUUAAAGAACAUGAAAAUCAUUUAAAGUCAGAUGGAUUUAAAUCAAUAUAUCGCGUAUAUUGGUGCUAGGGUUAGAUCUGGACUGUUUGCAUUAACUUUUCCCAUUACUCAUGUAUACUCGAUAAUGUGUUUCUAAGCAAUUUCCACACAGGGAUUGUAUCGCCACACUAGCACCCAGCAGAAUUUUGGAGUUUAUCAACAUGCUGGGCCUAGAUGAUUCGAUAUGACUUAGGGGAGGGCACAAUAGACCAUAGGUCGCGGUGCAUACCUCAAAAUUAAUCUAUCUAUCUAUCUUCUAAGCAAUUUUAUGACUAUAUGUUAUACUCUUUCCGACAUAUUCGACAUAAAUUCUGCUGGAAUAAAGAAAUUUACUAUUAUAUAUAUAGUAUAUGAGAGUUGGGGUAAUUGCUGGACAAAUUUCACAUAUUUUCGGAAUUAAAUUGUAGUGUAGCCAAUAUUAUACGUUCACUUAAGCUUGCUAAGACUACUUACGGAUUGAUCAAUAUAUUCGGUAUAACCCCCCUGGAAGUGUGAAAUUCUUUAUACUAGGUAUAUGGUCCCGGGGGGUAGUAUUAGACACAUUUUUAAUAAUUUUUAGCAGAACGGCAAUUUAUUACCAAAAAAGAUGAUCUCGGCCAAGGAAGUACUCAUGCGAUUUGACCAUUUUUGGCACAAUGACACUAUUAUCGAAAAAAAUUUCUAUCCCAAUUUCAAAUUCAGAAUGCAAAUUUUUGUUCGGUAAAGAUCAGCUACAGACACGAAUGUUCGGAUAUUCGGUAUCUGGGGGCUUGAUAGAUGAUCUUCCGAUUCUGGCAAUUUUUUAGCAGAGAUGGCCUAUUUUAAAAUCACUGUUUGUUCAAAGUUCAUUUUGUGGUCGUAGCAUCUGCAAUACCAACAUCUCUUGGAUGCUAAGGAAUGGAUAAAAUCCGGUAUCAAUUCCAGUAAUAUGGAACCGAUAAUUAGGGGAAUUGGAACUCUUCUCGUCAUUUUCAGAACAUUUAUAUGUGUAUAUAAGUAUAACUCGUGAAUCUAUUCCCAGUUUUAGACGUUACCAACAAACGGUAGGUGAACAAAACUAUUUUACUCUCUGUUGCAACAUUUUGCGAGAGUAUAAUAUAUAUGUACAAUAAAAUAUAAAAUUAAUAAUAAUCAUAAUUAAAUAAUUUUUCGAGAAAAACUAAUUUUUUGCGAAUUUAGCCAAAGUAUUUUUCUAUAUGUUUGUGAAUAAAAUAAAAAAAUUUGGCAUUGAAAUUUUCCAUAAGCAUUUGCAAUUUAUUUACAUUAAACUUUUGCUAACACAAACAUUUGUGCUAUAUAAAUUAGCUGGAAAAUAAAUGGAAACUCACUAGUAUGUACCGGGUAAAUUAAAUGUAACGUUAACGCGGGAAACUAAAUCAGAGAAGAUACUUCGUCUAUUUUUCUAUAUAGAAAAAAAGAUAUAAAAAUAUUUUAAAACAGCAACCGAUACAAAGAGAUGAAUUUUUAUUUCCUUAAAGGAAAGUAAGAAUAACGUUAUCACGCUUCUUUCCACAGCGCUAAACAUCUUCAAACACCGAUGAAAAGCCAUAACAUUUAAUAUUACUAUUACAUUAAAAUUUUUUUAUUUUACAAUUUAUCUACCACCUAAAAGCGUAAAAGUGUAUGAGUCAUGCCCCAGUUCAUUGUGGUAUGGAAUAUGUAACUUUUCUUCAUUUGUGGUUGUUUUAUUUUCCUUGGGUUGACUAUUGUUAGAGUGUUGGCGUUGUAAAACGAAUUUUGGUACGAAGCAUUUGCUAUCGAUGGCAAUAAUAAUUGUCGACGUUCGAGUGCGAAACAAUAGCCUAAACCAUGACAAUACAAAAGUUUGUGCAAUUGACACUUUUGAGAGUUUUGACAUUGAAAAUCAUUACUAUUAUUUAUUAUGUAUUGUAAUUAACUUUCAGUUAGUGCUAUGUUAGAAUAUUUUCUUUAAACUCAUUUUCGACGUAUGCGCAAAGAGUGUACAGUGAUUUGUUUCAAUUUCAUUGGAAAAUAAAAUAAUCAAAUCUACAUUAAAAAAUUUUUUUUAAAACAGGUGUGAGUAAAAAUUAGGCCUCUAUAAAUUAUGCAGCAUAUGCAUCUAUUACCAGAAGGGUCCAUAAGUGGAGCAUGGUAUCUACAUACAUAUGUAUGUUAUGUAUAUAUGUACAUACAAAAAUAAAUAAAAAUAAACGCACAAGUGGAGUAGUUUGAUAGGAGAACAAAAAAGAAGGAAGUGUAGAGAUAAAAAUUAUGUAUAAACGCAUUCCCCCAGACAUUUACAUUGCAUUGAUUUGUAGAGAAAAGUACAUAUACUCAUCCGCCAAGCUUAAUUAUCCAUAUUUUCACACACGUUUUAAAUAAAUACUUUGUAUACAACAUAUAUGUGCAGUACAUUUCUUUUUCUGUUUGAGCUGUUUCAUAUGGCAAUCAAGUAAACAUAAUAGGUAUUUGGUUCUAUUGUAUAUAUGUACUCGUAUGUAUAUGUAUAUAUUUUAUUUGUAUAGAUUUUAUAUCGGCCACAUUAAAAAGCAAAUAUUUGUGUUGAGAAGUUAAGUGCUAAGAAACUGAACUAGUGAGAGUUGAGCCAAUUUUUUGGCAUUUACACAUUUAGUAAUUACACUUUUAAAUAUUUUAUCAGGAAUUAGUGAAAAAUUAAUGUUUUUAUUUUUAAAAUAGUUUCGAAUUGUAUUUUUGUAUAAUUAUUUUAUUAUGUUCGAAGAUCCAAAACUUACUUUAAUUAUUGGUAAACUUGCUUGAGCGUCUUGGGUUAAGUCAAAAGUCAUAUUGUAUAGCCAAUGCAUAUAAUAUUAUUUUAUAAAAUAUACUUUAUAUACAUACAAACAUAUACAUAUAAUCUUUACUUUAGUACAUAAAAUAUACUAUUAUUUCCUAUUACCCACUGUUCGUAAGCCUUUUUCAUGCAUCCGCUUGGCAUUUUUCGGAAUACCACAAAUCAUCGGAUAACAUUGAAUUUUUAUUGUGAAAAGUGGAAAAUACCGCCAUGUAAUCGUCACAUGCGAACCAUUCAAAUCUCAAAGUAACAUGCUUGAUGUCAUCAACAACAAUGUAUACGGGCACAUUGGCAUUUCUCUUAUUGACUUAUGUUAGGGGCGAAAAUAUUUACUGCUACUGUUGUUGUUGUUGCAUUUGGAAAGCAAAGAAAAAGUCAACUCGACUGAUUAUUGUUGUCACUACCGCUGCCGGGUUAGUAUAUCAAUUCUGUCUAGCUGCCACACCGAGUGGCAGUCUGCUUGGUUAUUUUGGUGCAGUCAACAGACAAGCAAAUUCACAUUCAUUUCUUUUUCAUUCCUUUUCUCGCUAAUAAUCAGCAGUUUAAGUGUGGGAAAAUGGCAACGAUUGACGACUAAAGCCGACUGCUUUGUUUGUAUUCUAAUUUUUACUAAGCAUUUGUGUACAUACAGUACUGUAUAGUGUUGUUGUUUGUGUAAUUAGUGUCCUUUGCAUAGCAUUUUCGAAUAUUUACAUACACCGCUUGUCAACGCUGUCAAAGUCACGUUUUUCUUAGGAAAAAAUGGAACAACAAUUGAAUAGGACGAUUUAUUAUUUUAUUAGUUAGGGUGCAAAAAGCGAAUCGUAAUAUACACGAUUUGAAGGAAAACACGGUAUUUAAUUUCCAUUGUGUUGAGCGUACUAGAAGCGCACAAUUAGUGCUGCUGCUUAACAAUCAGCCGUCGUGAGCGUGUGUGUAAGCCUGGAGCACAGGUCCAGACCACCGUCACAACACAGGCCGUGUGCCUUUGCCAUUUAGUUUUUCUUGCUUGUGGCGUACGUAUGCAAAAAAGUUUGCUGUGCUCGUUUUCAGUGUAUGAUGUUAACCGGGAAAUAUGUGUCAAUUCUCAAGCAAUAAUAGCUGCAGUAAAUAGCAGUGCCGGCAAAGCGUUUAACGCCCACCGACUCCUAUACACACAUUGAGCUGAAUUUUAAGCUUAACAAUAAACUAAUUACAUAUUACGAUUAACUGUGCACAAUACAUACGUACAUCUACGAAGUUUUGUCUGCUGAGCCAGCAAUAGUAAGCAAUCGAAAGUAUCGCUACCGUCAUACCAUAUAACAAGAAACAGUGCAUACAUUCAUCUAUAUAACAAUAACAAUAUAAUUAUCAUGGAUACAAUGCAAAAGCUGCAACAGAAGCCUACAACUAAAAGCGUGUUUGCCAUUAAAACGCUAAUUAGCAGCGGCACGUUAUGCCUGCUGCUGUUAUUGCCGCAUGCCGUACACGCUUGGAUGCCCGAUGUGCGCCCAGAUUUGCAACCAAAGCAAGAUAAAAUCAUUGCCAAGUUCCUGGGCAACAGCACGGAUUAUUUUAAAAUUUUGGCCUACGACGAUGCCACCAUACUGGUGGGCGCUAAAGACAUAAUGUACAACAUCAGCAUGGAUGGCUUACGAGAACUCAGCCGUCUGGAAUGGUUUUCAUCCGAUGCCGAUCGCGAAUUGUGCGCACUGAAGGGUAAACGUGAAACUGAUUGCCACAACUACAUACGCGUUUUUGCACGCCUCGAUGGUGGGCAAAUUUUGUUGUGUGGCACCAAUUCUUAUAAGCCCCGCUGCCGCCAUUAUGCCCCCGCCACAAGUGAACUGAGCGCAGCCGGUGGUUCCGGCAAACGGUAUGAGAUUGUACGCGAUGUGGAAGCGCAAGGUCUUUGUCCAUAUAGUCCGGCACAUAACAGCACCUAUGCCUAUGCGGAGGGUCAACUUUAUAGUGCCACAGUUGCUGACUUCUCGGGCAGUGAUCCAUUGAUAUAUCGCGAAAAUUUACGCACCGAACAGUAUGACUUGAAACAGUUAAAUCAGCCAGACUUUGUGGGUGCUGUGGAGCGUGAUCGUUAUGUAAUGUUCUUCUUUCGCGAAAUUUCAAUGGAGUAUAUGAACUUCGGCAAGACAAUUUACUCACGAGUUGCUCGCGUAUGCAAGAACGAUCGUGGGGGACCGUAUUCACUCUCCAAAAGUUGGACUUCAUUUUUGAAAGCGCGUCUGAAUUGCUCUGUACCCGGCGAAUUUCCAUUCUACUUCGAUGAAAUACAGGCAAUCACAUCCAUUGUCGAAAGUGGGCCGAAUUCACUUAUCUAUGCUGUCUUUACAACCUCUGUGAACGCCAUACCCGGUUCAGCGGUGUGCGCGUUCAAUGUAAAUGAUAUCAUGGACGCUUUUGAGGGCAGUUUUAAAUCGCAAAAAGAUAGUCAAUCCCAAUGGCUACCCAUACAGGAUGAACAAGUGCCGGAACCACGUCCGGGUAAGUGUGUCGAAGAUUCGCGAAUGCUAUCCAGUAUUGCGGUGAAUUUCGCUAAAACACAUCCGUUAAUGGAGACUGCUGUCCCCGCUGUUUACGGACGUCCACUACUCACGAAAGUAAAUUUACAUCAUCGACUCACCACAAUCGCCAUUGACGCACAAAUAAUGACCUUAAAUGGUGAAUACUAUGAUGUUAUCUAUUCCGGCACUGAUGAUGGCAGAGUAACAAAAUUUAUUAACAUACCAACACCCACUCAGGCAAGCGCUACAGCAGGUGUAGACAAGUUAAAAACAGUUUUGAUCUCUGAGAUGCAAGUACUGCCUUUGGGUGUGCCAGUGCGUGAACUAGUCGUUUCUUCGAAAAGUAAUCGUCUAUUAGUAGUUAGUGAUGGCAGUUUGAUUACAGUACCGUUGCAUCAUUGUGCGCAUAUUGUAGACUGUUUGGGGUGUCUCAGCCUACAAGAUCCAAAUUGUGCUUGGGAUCAGCAGAAUCAUGAGUGCAAAAGUAUAACACCAAACAACAUCAAAUUCGGCACAAAAGCCUUCUUACAGAGCUUGAAUACCACCAAAAAAGCAGCGGCAUCGCUUUGUCCAAAAUAUACACGUGGCACGCUCAUGGCUGAUGGUCCAAUAGUUAGUGGCGGCAUUGUGGCAAGUCCGGGCAUUGAUUUGGUUACAGCACAACCACAAGCUGUUGAAGAUUUGAACAGCAAGAAGUUUCACUACACAAAAGUAAGCGCGGUUAAUAUCGCCACAGUUGGCGCGAGUACAACCUUAGCGGAAAGUGGCGUUUCCGCUGUCGACGAAGUACCCACCGAUAAAGCAACUGAUAUGGGUGCAAGCACAGGCGCUGGCAAUGAUUAUUUGAUGAACAGUUUUAGUGAUGGAAAUAAAAUAACACUACAGUCGGUGGAUCCUAAUGAGCUCAUGAACACGCUGAGUGGUCCAUUUCACUCUCAAGAUGACAGAAAAGACAAACAAUUAAAGGUCGCUGGCAAGAGCUUAUGUUGGGCGCUCUCUCUCAUCGCUUUCGUUGUGGGCAUUAUUGUUGGUUAUUAUACCUCAAAACGUUUGUGCAAAGCAACGUCGCUACAUGCAAAUCACCGCAAUCAAUUCACCUCGAAUUCUCAAUUCGCCGUGAAACAUCAUAAUACCGGUAAAGAUGUCAAUCUGCUAAUGAAUCCGCAUCAUUUUUCCAGUCUUAAAAAACCAAAUCUCGACUUAGAGAAGGAUCGCAGCCAUGAAUGUAAGAAUUCUACAGAAAACCUUGAAAAGGAGAUACCCUGCAAGACGUCUACGUUAACGAAGGUUAAACGCACAUAUAUAUAAUCUAUAGCUUAUUUGCAAUUCAUUGCGAGGCAUUGAGUUGCAUUUAGAAAACUAGUGGAAUUUUUUUUAGAAUAGUUUAUAUAUAUAUAUAUAUUUUUUUUUUUUUGGGAAACAAGUUUGUUAAAGAAAUUUGCUUGUAUGGAAGUAGUGUGAAAUGCGAAGAGUGUUGUAUGACUUGCAAAUUAGUGUAGACAAAAUUACAAUUUACGAAAGAGGUUAACUUAAACCGUCUAAAUGCAUGCAUCUAACGGCUAUGCACUUAAUUUAAGCGAAAUGUUAUGCGUUAUGUGUGCAAAUGCAAAUACGUGAACAAGCGCAGUUAAGCUAUAAUGAAAUUAGGUGAUUUUAUUUUUUUUUAAAUUGUAAUGCGAUCUUUCAACGGCGCCCACUAGCCGUGUUGAUUUGCACACAAGCGCACGCCAUGUGCAUAGUCUAUGUCAUUGCGAGUCUUAAUUUUUAUAUAUAAUUUUUCAUAUUAAGUAAAUAUAGUUUUAAUCGCUUAGUUUUGUUUUAAGUUUAUUUAAUUAAUGUGAGUUAAUUGAGCGAAGAAGUGAGGUUAGAGGGAGUUUUUGUUUUUUUCUUUGCAAGAACAUUGAAAAUUAAGUACAAAUGUAAUUACAACUCCGGCGUGCGGGAGUGAAGACAUGUGUUUAGUGUUGCGGAGAGUUGAAUGACAAACGAAUCAUGUACUCAUAAUACAUGCCACCGCAAACUCAUAAUACAUGUACCCGCAAACGCAUGCAACACAAAAUUCACCUCGUUUGAGUACAAACAUAUCGAAUAUCUUUACAAUUUAUACAGCUCUAAUGAAAUUUUUGCAAAAUUUUUUCGUUUAAUCCAAGCAAAUUGGCUAUAGUAGAGUCAGUGUUUGUGGUUUAAGGUGAUUUCGAUUUCCUUUUGGCUAUGAUUGAUGUGUUGAUUUUCGCCUCUUCACUGCACACCAAUUAACACUACGAAUGACGACAAUACGUUAUACGCACAAUACGUGAACAAUUGCUAUAAAGCAUAAUAAUAAUUAUUAGUAAUAACUUAAUAAUAUUGCAAAAGCAAACAAGUAUUAAUGUAAUUAGACUGAACGGUUGACGAACAAAAGCAAUACAUUGUCAAAUGAUAUAUCUAUAUUUAGUUGGCAGACUCUGAGUCUAUACGGUAGAAAGCAACCCGCGAAAAACAGUUGACAAUUGUGUGACUAGUCUGUGGUUUUUUCAUCGCAGUUAAGCGCUUGGCUAGUUUUGCGUCUUUUUCGAUCGUUGCGCAUUCUUUUUAAGCUACACCAUGCAUCAUCAUCAUAAUUGUACCAUUACCACUGCCAUCUUCAACGCUCACACGCACACUUUUGAUAACGCUUGAUAUUCAUGCAUGUAAACAGCAACUUUUGUCAGCAUUCAUUUGCUCGAGUACCCUUCCAUUGUACUUUUACCACUUUCACGCAAACACCACAUUUUUUUUAUUUUUCUUGUCUACAUACAUUCCCAGCUGUUUGUCUGUCGUGCGUGUGAGUUCAUUUAAUGCAUAGACAACACUUGAGACAAUUGUAUAAUUGUAUUCUAUUAAAUCGCUAAUAACACAUUGAAGGUCAUUACACUGCAGGAAAUAGCGAAAAGGGAAGAAUAGUAAACGUCAUGAGUGAAAGUAGUAUAUUCUCUAUGUUUUGUGUUGAAAUAAAUUAUUUAUGUAAUUGAAAUUUGCUUUAAAACAUUAUUUUUAUAAAAAACAUUUUGCUGGAAAUUUUUUAAUUGCAAAUUUUUCUCGCAUUUUAAUAUAAAUUAUAAAAGUUGAACUAAAAACAUUAAUAAAAAUAACUAAGUGCGUUAGCAUAGAGGUAAAAAAAUUGCGAGUUAAAUAAAAAAAUCGCAUAUUUCCUGCAGUGUACCAAAAGCUCUAAAAAAAUUCACAUAUUUCAUUUUUAUAACAAAGAAAUAGUCGCCCACAAAUUAAUACUUCAUAGUUUGCUUUUUUGUUUAAAUAAUUUUCACGAUGACUCAUACAUUAACUAAUAGCUAGCUAGUAAUAUACUAAUCUAAUUACAAACAAAAUCGUAAAAGAAGCUCAAUAAGUUACGAAUUGAAUUGGAAUAUGCAAUAGAAGUAAUUAAAAUAAAAAAUGGGGUUUAUAAAUUGGUAACAAAAGGUAUAGGAACAAAAUUUUUGUAUAGUAUAUACUUGUAUAUUAAGAUGAAAUCCCAAAUGCCAUUGGAAAAUUACUGCCUUCGAAAUUUAAUGUCAAUUGACAAUAGCAACAAUAUAUGCAAACUAAAAUUUAAAAAAUAAAAAUCAAAUGUUAAAAAAAAUUCUUUUAGAUCGACGAAAUGCACAUAAAUUAACAUUAUUUCUCAAGUAAAGCUUUUCCACACCCUACAUAAUCUAAAGUACAUACAAAUUGAAGGGAUUUUAAAAUUUAAAGCCUUACAAACUAUGAUAAAUAUUAAAUAUAUACUUAUAUAUUUUCUUGUAUAGACGUACUAGUUAAAAAGUUAGUCCGUCCGUUUAAGGAAUCUUUUAGUAAUAAAUAUGUAUCUAUGAUGAAUAUUUACAAUAUAUUUUAUACAACUAUACAUAAAUAAAGUCAUAAGUUAGUUUGUAAGUGAUUAAAGAAGUGCGUAAGCUUAAGAAUACUUUCGAAGAUAUACAUAUGUCGAUUGUGGAAAUACUAUAUAAGUAUACAUAUAUUUUUCUAUAGCAUAAUUAUUUGGAAUUAUAAUUUUAAAUGUUUUAUACAAACACGCCCAUACAUAUGCGUACAUUGUCGUAUGAAUGACGCGUCGAUUUAUGAUUUUAUACUCGUCUCUAAAUUAGUGUUUAGUGUUAAAAGAAAAAAAAAUGUUGUGAUAGAUUUUUAAAAAAUUUGUUUUUCAACAUGCAAAUUAAAUCCAAUCGAUUGUAUGAUUUUUAAUGGUUUUAAAACAAGAACAUAUUAUCGGCGGGGUCAUCCUAACGUUUUUAAAACCAAAACGCAAGCGUAAAACGAUUUCGAUUUGCUCGUUGUUGGAAGUGAAAUUUUUUUUCCGUUUUUUAAUUUGAAUAAAUUAGUGCUUUUUUAAAUAAAUAAA